AUGCUUCCUUCUCCAUCCAACGAGUCGGUCCAAAAAUUCAUCGAACGCUUAUUCCUUCAACCAAUCUGUACGAUGAGGAAUGCCAAUUUGUUCUUGGAAAAAACUUCCGUUGAAGCUAUGAACCAAGAAAAAGUACCUCUACCGAAGAAAAAAACCUUCGUUUUCGGUGAUGAUAAGCAAUUCGAGCGAGGCGCAACAGGUCACCGUAUCAUAACUGUAAAUGGGAAGUCUCGCCUAGUUUACAUGCACGGUGAUAUGAUCAUGAGUAAACAAUCAUUGAUGCGGGAACAACAAUUGAUGUCUGCGCCGUCGAGAAGCAAACGAUGGGCCUAUCGCGACUCUUUCUACCCAGAAACAAUCUGGCAAGAUGGUGUACCGUAUGAAUUUGAUAAUAGCCUUUCAGAAAAUCCCGGAUGCUUUUCGACGGUAGGAAGAGAUACCAGUCAACCAGAACAGCCGGUGAACAUUGGACGAGGAUGCCAGCAUUUUGGAAUAACCUCCCAUGAAAUCGCCCACGCUCUUGGCCUCUUUCACCAUCAACAACGCUACGAUCGGGAUCGGUAUAUCACCUUCAACGAGGAAAAUGUAGCGUUCAAGUACUGGAUGAACUUCGCCAAGAUACCAUCAAAAUACCUGGACACAUACGACCUCCCCUAUGACAUCGGCAGUGUCAUGCACUACACCCCAACUGAAUUUUCUGAAAACGAAUACCUUCCUGCACUGUCUCCCAUAAAUCCGGAUUACGUGGGUACUAUGGGGUCCAUGGAUGGACCUUCGUUUCUUGAUGUCCAAAUCAUCAACAGGCACUAUCAAUGUUACGACGCUUGCAAUACAACUGAAAACCAGCCACGCUGUCUGAAUGGAGGAUACGUGAAUCCAAGGAACUGUAGCGUUUGCAAAUGUCCUACAGGCUUUGGUGGAGACGUCUGCCAGUUGAUCGCGUCAUCAGCUCCAAUCAGAUGUGGAGGCCUUAUACCGACGACCUCAUCAUUGACUAGAAUGCGAAUUCGACUCACAUCAGCAGGGGCACGGCGGAAGUGCGUCUAUCACAUAAGGGCUCCGCCCAAUCGUAGAGUCAUGAUUGGCUUGAAAUCGGUUGAAGGAAGAUGCCAAGAAGGAUGCUAUACAACUGCAGUAGAAAUGAAAAUGGAAGGCGAUUUUCGUCCAGUGGGAUACAGGUGGAGUCAGCUACAUUGA